AUGUUACCUCUCAAGCUCUUUUCGAUUCUUGCCCUCUUCGCAGGUACUUUGGCUUUGCCUCUUCACCAAAUGGAGAAAAGAGCUUUACCAAGAUUAGGAGGUGUUAAUCUCGCUGGUUGUGAUUUUGGUAUGAAUACCGAUGGAAGUUCAGGUACCAGCUAUUGUCCUGGAACUGAACAAAUCGGUCAUUUCGUCAAAGAUGGAGCAAACGUUUUCCGUCUUCCUGUCGGAUGGCAAUACCUCGUCGGAAACAACCAAGCAUCUACUUCUCUCGAUGCAACCUUCUUUGCGACCUACGACAAUCUCGUCAAAUCAGCACUUGCAGCCGGAUCAUAUGUAAUGAUCGAUGUGCACAAUUAUGCUAGAUGGAACGGACAGAUCAUAGGUCAAGGCGGACCUACUGACGCUAAUUUUGCCAGUCUUUGGAGCUUAUUAGCAGCCAAAUAUAAGUCCGAAUCAAAGGUUAUAUUCGGUCUUAUGAAUGAACCUCAUGAUAUUGAUAUCAACAAAUGGGCAACCACUGUUCAAGCUGCUGUCAACGCUAUUCGAGCCGCUGGAGCGACCACCCAAUCUAUCGCUUUACCAGGUAAUCAAUGGACUCAUCCCGAAGGCUGGACUUCAGGUUCUAACGAUCCUUUACUUAAUGUAAAAGAUCCUGCUGAUUCUACGGGAUCAUUAUUGAUCAUCGACGCUCAUAAAUACUAUGAUGGAGAUGGUAGUGGUCAAAGUACUGAAUGUACAACUAACGGUGUGGACGUGUACACAGCAUUCAAAGCUUGGCUCGUUCAACAUGGAAAGAAAGCUAUCAUCUCUGAAACAGGUGGUGGCAACACCGCUUCUUGUCAAACAGACGUGGGUCAAGCUUUGAAGUACAUCACCGACAAUAGUGAUUCCUUCAUUGGGUUCACCAUUUGGUCUGCCGGAUCAUUCGAUUCCUCUUACGCUUUAUCAAUUACCCCCUCAGGUGACAAAGAUAAUGAUCUUUUCGUUAAAGCCAUUCAACCUUAUCUCCCCGGUUCUUCCGGUGCAACGCCUGCAACUACGUCAAAAGCUGUGGUCUCUUCAGCUGCCAACUCUUCCAAAGCCACUUCUGUCGUCAUUUCAUCGACCUCAAAAGCUUCCUCAGCCACUGUCCUUGCUUCUAGUAGAGCUUCUUCAGCUGUCGGUACCAGCAAGGUCGCUACAUCGUCAUCAGCAGUAACCAGUAAAGCUGCAGUUACCUCGUCUGCCGCGAUCAGCAAGGCGUCUUCUGCAGUACUUGCCACAUCCAAAGCUACUCCCACAGUCGUUGCUACUUCAAAAGCCUCCUCAGUAGUUGCUGUCAUUUCUAAGACGUCAACUGCCCCAGCUUCCGCUGUCACUGGAUCCAACUUGCAAACUUUCACUGGUUCUUUGGGAGGUACUGCACCUGCUGUCACUCAAUCAGGCAAUAAAUACAGUACCAAUGGUCAGACAUUCAACUUCCUGGUCGAUGCUCUCAACGCUUCUUGUUAUGUUCAGAUGAACGAUUGCCAAAAUGCCGCUAAUAAAGCAGGUAAUAAAGGGGAUUUGACCGUUGGGAAUUGUAAUGGUCAGCAGGUUCAAGCAUGUCUGAAAGCCGCUUCAUCUGCUUAA